AUGAGUUUUCUUGUGCGAGACGCAUCCCACCGCUGGUCUGGGGGUGGCCUCGGGCGGUCCUUCGUUCACAGACGCCGCGAGAGCCAAGGGGGUGGUGAUGGUGACGCAGGUGGUGGCAACAGCGGCAGCGGUGGCGGUGGCACGGGGCCCACUGAGGAUGGCUCGUCGUCCGGCUACCUGCUGGCCGAGGUGCGUGAGGCACGCAUUGCUGUGGCCGCUCUGGACCGCUACCUGUCUCAUGUCACCAGCUUCAAGGAUGCCGGCUUUGAGCUCGUCGAACAGGCGCACCUGGCAAUGAGCAGGUUGGAGCAGGCGGUGGCGACACGCGCCGCCCCCGAGCUGAUUCUUCUCGCGUGCGAGGUCAAGGUGGCGGCCCGGCGGGGCGCAGACCUGCUGAGGACAUACGGCCAGUACCACUUCCUGGGCAAGCUCGUGGCAGUGGCGCAGCGCAGCAGGGUGGAAGGCAAGUACACUAAGGUCACGGAGCGGCUGCGCAGCCUUAUGCCAUCCAUGGCGCCGCCGCACGGCGCCCCGUUGACUCCUAAAGCUGCUGCCAUUGGUGAUGGCGGCAGCAGCGCCAGCCCGUUCCAGGCGGCCGCCACCGGCGGCAGCGGUGGCAGCGGUGGCGGCGUGGCAGCAGCGCACCUGGCGGCUGGAGGGAACUUGGCACGCCCGGCGGUGGUCAGUCGAGGGGGAGGUGGCGGCGCUGACCCCAGCGUCGUGCACACCGCAGCCAUUUGCGCCGGGCAGGUGCUUCGUGAGGGGCGCAACGAGCGCGUCUUCUCUGUGGCGUUCGCGCCUGCUGCAGUUGCUGCGGCCAGCGGCGGCCUGUGCGUGUGGUGGGCUUUGGAAUCGUGCGUAGAGUUCUACUCUGACGCAGCACAGAGUACCACGAGCUUUGCCACCGAGGGCAGCGUGUUCUUGUCCUGCGUGGCCAUCGACAAUGCUGGCAACACCUGGGGUGGCACCAGCAGCGGCACGCUGCUGAUGCGGCGGCCAUGCGUGUGGGACAGCCAGGCAGAGGAGCGGCUGUUUGCCGGCGCAGUUCGCGCAAUCACGUUUGAUCCCCACACUGGCACAGUCUGGGCCGGCGAUGAGCACGGCUGCGUGCGCGCUGCCCGGCUGCAAGAUGACACUGGCCGCAUUCACCUGCUGCUGACGGUGCUUGCUGGGCGGUCAUCGCGGCGUGGGCUCUCCGCGAGCUCCCUUAUCGUUGCCCCCACCAGGUUGCGAUUUGUGAGACGGGCGGCAUCUGACCAUGCCUCGGACGAAGGUGCCCCUUCCCUGGAAGGCCCCGUGCGCUGCUUGUUAGUGCAUGACGGCCGUGUCUGGGUGGCAGGCGGUCGGUCGGAGCCGUGGAUUGCGCUGUUCUGCGCCAGCACAGGCGACCAGCUCGACAUCUGGCGGUGUGGCAACCGCGCGGCCUGCAACACGAUGCUUAUGAUCCCAUGGGCACGGGCCUUCUCGCGUGGCGCAACCAGCAGCGGCAUGACCAGCGCCGCCAACAGCUCUGCCCUCGGGGCUGAUGCGCGAGCCUGGAGCACUGGAGGCGCGCCGCUGCUGGGUGGUGGGCUGCCGGCCCGCGUCCCUGAGGACGGCCUCAUUGAUGACUCGCGGCGCAGCUGUCAGCUGCUGACAGGCCAUGACAAUGGCCAGCUGCUGGUUUGGAACGCCGCUUCUGAUCGACUGCAGCCCGUCUGCAAGCUUGGCGAGGGAGGCGCCUCGGUGCGGGCGGCUGCCAGCCUGGAUGCAUGGGGCUUGGUCUGCACCGCCCAUGCAAAUGGCGAGAUUGCGAUAUUCGCGCGGCCAUCGCAGGCUAGCGAGUGGGGCGGCGGCGCCCUCAGCAACGCAACAUCACAGGGGCUGGUCAGCGGUAGUGCCAGCGCCAGCAGCAGCUGUGCGGGCACUGCGGCCACCCCACCGGCGCCCAGUACCAGCGUUGGGAUCCCCUGCGUGCGGCCGCGGCGCGUGGUGCUCCGGGCACACCGCAACAGCAUAGUUGCAGCAGGCGGCUCCACCAGUGGCCUGGCCACAGCAUCAAACCAGGGGACGCUUCGCCUCUGGCGCGCGGCUGACCUGGCACGCGAGGCAGACAAGGCUGGCCUCAUACUCAGCGGGCCCCUGGGCCUUGCCAGGCGUACCACAGUGUCAGCCGCGCUGUCGGCUUCUGAAAGUGCGCGGUCCCCGCUAUUCAGCCGCCAGACGACCGUGUCGACCGACGCUGGGGUGCAGCAGCACCCACUCAAUUCCCUAUCGAGCGGCCUCUCGUCCAGCGUAUUAGGCUGUGCGGACCACGCGCAGAGCGGGCCAGCAGCCACGCUGCGCAGAGGCACUGGCGAGGAUGCGCCGGCUGGCGCAGUCAAUGGCACUGCUGCCACGACAACCAACAUCAGCCAGACUGUGCCAGAGGCCUCGCUGCCCCUGUUCCACCACCACCACCAUCAGCAGCAGCAGCAGCAAGAGGAGGAGGAGGAGGAGGAAGGAGUACAGGGGGAACAGCCGCAGCAGGAACAAAAGCAGCAGCAGCAGCAGCAGCAGCAGCAGCGGCGGCAGCAGCCGCAGCAGCAGCAGUCGCCGCAGCAGCAGUCGCCGCAGCAGCAGCCGCAGCAGCAGCCGCAGGAGCAGCCGCAGCAGCAGCCGCAGCAGCAGCUGCAGCAGCAGCCGCAGCCGCAGCCGCAGCCGCAGCAGCAACAGCAGCAGCAGCAGCAGCAGUCGUUGGAGCAGUUGCACGAGGAGGAGCCACUGGCCACGGCUGUGACUGUGUUCCUGCCGCGGCAGCAGCAGCCCCAGCCUCAGCAGCAGCUAGAGCGGCAGGUGGACGCAUUGCAGAUGGAGAGUCGAGAGCGGCGCAAGAGCGAGCGGCGGCUGAGCAAAGGCGCUCAGAUCGCGUGGAGCACUUGUCAGAUUAUUGAGAGCCGUGAGCUGAAGCUGACAUCAGCCAUUGGCGCUGGUGCCUACGGCAAGGUCUGGUUGGCCGAGUGGAUGGGCACCCAGGUGGCGGCUAAGGAGUUGCUCUGCCUGACUGAUAGGGCCAAAGAUGACGCUGCACGCAAGCGGCGCGAGCGCGGCAAAGAGGAAGGCGAUGGCGCCAGCGACAGCGGUAGCGACAGCAGCGACGACAGCAUUGAUGCUGAGGUGGUGGCUGAGCUGAAGGAGCUGAUGAACGAGGUCUUCCUGCUGGGCAGCCUCAGCCACCCCAACAUCAUGCGUUUCUGCGCCGUCUGCCUGGACCCCCCGAUGAUCGUGACGCAGUACUAUCAGCACGGGUCGCUCUUUGAGCUGCUCAAGAAGGCACGCCGCGGCGAUCGGCGCGCCGCAGCGGAGCUGACAUGGUCCAAGCGCCUCGACAUGCUGCGCGAUGUGGCGGCAGGCAUGGUGUUUCUGCACUCGCGCCGCCCUGCAGUGGUGCACGGUGAUCUGCGGUCACCCAACCUCCUGCUGGAUAUGGCUUUCGACAGGGAUAAGCCACGGCUGCAUGUCAAGAUCGCUGACUUUGGUCUGGCCUGCAUGCUUGGGCCUGCCAAGACGCUGGCCGUGUCCAAGGUGACCAACCCACGCUGGAGCGCGCCGGAGGUCAUACGUGACAGCAGUGUCUCCACCAGCGCCGACGUGUUCAGCUUUGGCAUUGUGAUGUGGGAGGUCCUCACCUGGGCGCAGCCCUACGAGGAGAUGAUGAGCGUACAGGUGCUGUUCAGCGUGAUGCAGAAUCUGCGCCCCCUGGUGCCAGACGAUGCUGACCUGCCAGGCCGCCCUGGGCCCAGCCUGCAGGCCUACAAGGACCUUAUGGAGGCCUGCUGGCAGGAGGACGCGGAGAAGAGGCCGAAUUUCGAGCAGAUCGUGGAGCGCCUCGACGAGAUGCGCAACAGCAACCGCGCCGCGCGUAUGGCAGAGCGUGCGGCUGCGGGCGAAGCCGGCAGCCGCCGAACCAGCUGCAGUGUGGUCAGCAGCUGCAACUUCGGCUUCGGCACGCACACUGGUGGGGAGCCCCCGGUGCAGCAGAUGCAGUACGCCACCAUUGAGGCGCUGCGGGCACCCAGCCGCACGCCUAGCCGCCUGGGUCGCGGCAGCACGGUCGCGCCGGGCAGCGCUCUGGGCCUGCCCCCCAUCAUCACCAGCAGCAGCAGCAGCACCAGCAGCAGCAGCAGCAGCAGCAGCAGCCGUUGGUAG